UCCUUUCAAGUUCUAUUUAUUUUGAGGGCAAUAUGAAUAUUCUAUUAUGUUCCAUCAACACAUUAAAAAGAUUAUAUGAGAUAUCUUCCGUGGAAGUAGGUCAACAUCUCUAUUGGCAAUUAGGGGGGUUCCAAGUGCAUGCCCAAGUACUUAUAACUUCUUGGGUCGUAAUUGCUAUCUUAUUGGUUUCAGCCAUUUUAGUUGUUAGAAAUCCGCAAACCAUUCCCACUUUUGGUCAGAAUUUCUUUGAAUAUGUCCUCGAAUUCAUUCGAGAUGUAAGUAAAACUCAGAUUGGGGAAGAAUAUGGUCCGUGGGUUCCCUUUGUUGGAACUAUGUUCUUAUUUAUUUUUGUUUCAAAUUGGUCGGGGGCUCUUUUGCCUUGGAAAAUAAUACAGUUACCUCAUGGGGAGUUAGCUGCACCCACAAAUGAUAUAAAUACUACUGUUGCAUUAGCUUUACUUACAUCAGUAGCAUAUUUCUAUGCGGGUCUUUCGAAAAAGGGAUUAGCUUAUUUUGGUAAAUACAUCCAACCAACUCCAAUCCUUCUACCAAUUAACAUCUUAGAAGAUUUCACAAAACCCCUGUCGCUUAGCUUUCGACUUUUCGGAAAUAUAUUAGCUGAUGAAUUAGUAGUUGUUGUUCUUGUUUCUUUAGUACCCUUAGUAGUUCCUAUACCUGUCAUGUUCCUUGGAUUAUUUACAAGCGGUAUUCAAGCCCUUAUUUUUGCUACUUUAGCUGCGGCUUAUAUAGGUGAAUCCAUGGAAGGCCAUCAUUAACUUAACAAAUUUAGGAAAUAGUCUUUUUUUUUAGUUUCUAGUUUAGUUUGACUCGCCACAAUAUAUGUGCGGCUAAAGAUAAUAUACUUAGGUAACAAAAAUACAUAAAAGAUAAACAAAUAAGUUUUGAAUUCUGAUUCUAUUAAUUGAAUAUUCAUAAAUACGGGGUUAAAUUAAAUGCAAUCAAAGUAUAAAUAAAUAUAUGAUUUGGUAAAAAAAUAGAAAAGAUUACUUGAGAGCUGUAAAAAAAAAUAGGA